GUGUGAUAUAGUUUUAGGGGAACCCUCUGUUUCUUGAGGAAAAGAAAUGGAGGCAAUUGCUGGGGGAUCUCACAAGCGCAAUGACUUGGUUCGGAUUCGGCAUGAUUCUGAUUGUGGGAUGGAUUCUGAAGCUAAUGAAAUGCAACAUAAACAAGAACGCUUGAGAACAAGAUGGACACCCUCCCUGGACAAGGUUUUUGCUGACCUUGUUGUUGAGCAGAUUAAGCUGGGGAACCGUCCGAACAAUGUCUUUGAUAAGAAAACUUGGAAUUAUAUACGUGAUGAAUUUAACAGACAGACAAAUCUUCAUUUCAAUAACAACCAACUAAGAAAGCACCUUGAUGUGUUGCGAACUCGUUAUUACAACCUUAAAUCUGCUUCUGAUCAAAAUGAUGCUUUGGACGAUUCUUGCUACAUUGGUUUUGACCUAUGGGAAGACAUCGGGGCUCAGCCGAAGCCUGAAUCGAGCAAAACCAAGGAGUGCCCUAUCUAUGAGCAGCUGUGCACAAUAUUUGCUGACUCGGGCGCUGAUGGGAAGUAUGCCCAAUCAAGUCACUAUGAAGGGCUGGACAAAUCUGCUGGGAUAGAUAUCUCAUUUAAAGAUAGUGGCAACUUGGCUCCUCCUUCAUCAUCAACUCCUUUAAACACUGCUGCUACUUUACAACAAACUACAACAAGGACUGUAGCUGGUAAAAAGAGAAAGUGUCCAUCAGAUAUAGUUCCUGCUUCAGGCCAGAACUGUGGGGAUAGAGAGAUAAUUGAUGCUAUGUCAGAAGCAAUGGGGGAGAUGAUUGCUGCUUCAAAGUUUCAGACAGUUGUAAUGCCUCAAGUUGAUGGUAGAUUUACAAUCCGUAAAUGUAUCAAAGCUUUGGAUGAGAUAGAAGGCGUUCCAGAAAAUCUUUACUAUGCAGCUUUGGAUUUAUUUGACAAUCCCAGUCUACGGGAGAUGUUCAUUUGUCUUAACAGCAGCAGCAUGAAGCUGACAUGGCUGCAGGGGAAAUGUACUAAUCUUUCUUCAUUUAUCUAGCCUUUCCCCCUGGUUUACAACUUUAGUGGUAGUACCCAUUUUAUCUAGCGAUUUUUUUUUGGAAACUGUAUACAUAAAUUCCUAUGGCCUGCUUGUAGUUACCAGCAUGGGACAGGUAAAUAGAAUACAGUUAAGGUAGCAGCAUGCAUUUGGAGUUUUGGUAAGGCAUUGGUGGAAACUAAAGCUUUACAUGUUCAUAGAGCCGCUUAGCAGGUUAGCGAUUCUAUUUUCUCUUGCAAAGAAUGUUUUGAAUGGAAGACAUUUCUACUUUGAAUGAUAUGUUGGCAACUACACAUUUCAUUUCAUUCAUUACAAAGGGUACAUGUUUUAAAGUUA